AUGUCAACUUUAUCUCUAGCUGGAAAACAAAAAAUUUUAACUUUUGCUGGAGUUUUCCGUUCAAACUUUGCUGACUCUUUUGGUAAUUUCCUUGAGAAAUCAACAACUGGCAACACUCCAUUGGUUGUGAAUUUGGCAAAUGGAAAUGAAACAAUUAAUGCUAGAAACUGGGCUAUUUUGAUAACCAAUAUUCUCGCUGGAGCACUAGCAGCAAUUCCUGGAUAUGGUCCUGCACUCUGUGCUGGUUCUUUAUUGGUUCUGAAUAUCAUUUUUAGCAAUGUGGCUGUAGAGGAUGAUCAAAACAGGGAGAUAUAUGAUAUUCUUGAGAGAUCAAAUAGAAAACUGGUUGGUGGUUGGAAUCAAUCUACAAUUAGGGGCGCAUCUACGUUAUUGGAACAACUCUUGCAGUAUCAAUUGAUUGUUCAACAACCCCCAAAUGAGGCAGAAAUUACCAAAAUGAAAUCAUUAACUGAUCUCAUUCUUAGUUUCUUUUCUACCCAUUCUGAAGGUAUGCUUCUUCCAGGUUAUGAAGUCAUUUCUCUUCCUGAUUAUGCUGCCUUUAUUACGAUCCAUCUCAAGUUCCUUGAGGAUAUUACUCUUCGCUCAACAUAUUAUAAACUCAGUUCAACCGAUCAAAGAUACUAUAUGGAACAAUAUAGUAAUUUACAUCAAAAGUAUCUCGACAGAAUCAGAGAAGUCUAUAACAUGGGUCUCAAUGAAAUCUUUCAAAAGUAUCCCGAAAAGAGAUACGAAGCAGGAGAUUAUAAUGCUCUUUUCAAUCACAUUCAAAACUAUCGUAACUUUAUGAUAAUUCAUGUCUUUGAUAUGAUCAACAUGUCGUUCAAUGUACAACACUUUGGUAGACCUUUCGAUUUUAUCAAUCCAAGACCUUUAUAUUCAAAAGUUUUUUGCAAAACCUCAUUACUAGUUUAUAACAUGUCUAGUCCGGUAUUAGAGGUUGACCACGCUGCAAUGGAUAUUAGAAGAAUGUCAGCAAACGAAAUUGCCUACUAUCUCUCUACCGAGAGAUCUGGAUUAUAUGUAUCAGAUAUCCGACGUAUCAUGGUGAAUGCAGAUAACAGUAAUAUCUAUUCUCUUCAAAAUGAUUAUAGCGAUAAUAGUUACAGCAAAAAAUAUGGAUCUCCAGAUAGUGGUCAACAGCAAUUUUUAGCAAUUCCCUCUGGAUCUUUUCUCUUUGUAAAUCAAAUUCCAAUCCAAAAUGGAGGUCUCAAAUUUAUUGGUACAACAGGAAAUAAUAUGAAAAUUGGUGCCACAGAUUCUUUUACAAUAAAUGGAUCUGAACUUGUUGAUUAUGGUGGUAAUAGAAUUGGUAGAAUUACUGGAAUCGAACGUUCAAUUCCUAGAGAGCCAAAUCUUUAUGGUAUGGUUUGUACUUUCUUCCCAAACAAUGUUACACCGUUUACCAAUUUGAAUCCCAAUCUUGUUAAUGUUAUCAAUGGAACUAAAAUUGAUUACAUGACUCCAUUUGGAAACUAUGAACUUUUGGCUGAUUAUCAAAAUAUUGGAAUGGAUGCACUCAAUGCACGUAAUUAUCUUUUUUAUAACAUUGAAUGUCAAAGCCAACCAACAGAAUUCAUGAUUCAAAUCCAAACAGAAAAGUUUACACCUGGUUUUUCUGUUACAAUUAGAGAAUCAGAUCAAGAUCCAAGCCAAGCAUUAACCUUCAAUGCUACGAGUGAAGUUGUUUAA